AUGACGGAAAGGAGUAACGAUGAUCCGGUGCCGAUAGUCAUCGAACAAAUGAAAGAGGCGAUUGACGAAGAAGUAGGGAAGGCAAUCGAGAGUAGUCUAUCCGGUUUCGUAGACAAAAUUCAAAAUACAGUGCUUUCAUUAGUUGAGGAAAGGGUUAAAAGGUUGGAAGAUAAUGUCAACCUUGUGAAAGAAAAACCCGUAGAACGAAAGGGUUGUUCAUACAAAGAGUUUAUGGCGUGCAAACCGCCAAUUUACAACGGGGAAGUCGACCCGAUAGUAUGCCAAAGAUGGCUAAGCGAUGUUGAAGGGGUGUUUGAAAGGACCCACUGUGACGUAAGCGAUUUCGUGGCUUACGGAACGGGUCACUUGAGGGGUCAAGCCAAAGAUUGGUGGGAUAACAAAAAGAAGGAGAUUGGAGCCGAAGCGGCAAGGGCCAUGACAUGGGAUGAGUUUAAGGUGCCAUUUCUUAAACAUCACAGUCCCAAGGCGGUCAUCAACAGAAUCAAGGAGGAGUUCAUCCAGUUAAGGCAAAGGGGUGAAACGAUUGAUAAAAUCACGAGUAUAUUCAUGGAUAAGCUGAGAUUCUGUGAUGAGUUAGUGACUACGGAGGAGCAGAAAAUAUAUUAUUAUUAUAAUAUGUUAAGCGCUGAGUAUCGAGAGUUCAUGACCCUUUCCAAGUAUGAGACGCUCACUGAGAUCAUAAAUACGGCUCGGGAAAGAGAAAUCGAACUUAAAAAGCAAAUAGAACGGGGUGAACGAAGGGUAGUGGAAGUUAACCGGAGCCCUACAAAGAAGGCUCGAACGACUGAGUCAGUGAAGAAGACGGAUGCGAAGAGUGGAUCGCCGAGUUGCAAAGUAUGUGGAAAGGGGCACAAGGGUGAGUGCCGCUUCAAAGACAAACCGUGUCCCAUAUGUGGGAAGUCGGGGCACACCGCGUCGUUAUGUCCGGGAAAGGUCUCUGUUUGCUACAAGUGUUACCAUCCGGGCCAUAAAAAGUCCGAAUGCCCGGACUUGGUUAGAAAGAAAGACACCAAAGAAUCUCCAACAGAAACUUCAAAGGCGAAGGCCAGGUCCUUCCAACUAACAGCGGAUGAAGCGAAAACAGAACCCGAUGUGGUCUCAGAGGUUGAAAUAGGAGAUAACAAGAGUUUCAUAGUGUGUGACGUUUGUCAAGGUUGUAAACUGAGUAUUGAUGACGAGGAUGGAUUGGUUAUCCCGACACCACGCGAAGCUCACAAGCUCAUGACGCAUGGAUGUAGAGCGUUCAUGAUAUACGCGAAUGAACCCGAUAAAGAACCACCGAAGAUUGGAGACGUACCGGUGGUACGUGACUUCAAAGAUGUGUUUCUAGAGGACUUACCGGGAAUACCGCCUGAACGAGAGGUAGAGUUUGGAAUCGAAUUGGUUCCGGAGCGAAACCUGUAG